UUUAUUUAUUUGAUUAUCUACUGACUCAAUUCUUGUGGCUGUGUUUUUUUACUACAAGGGACUGUGGAUAUACACUAAGAUAUCAUUGUAUUGUUGAGUUGGUUUUACCCGGAAAUUUGUCGAACUUGACACAUAGGAUUGGAAAUUGACCUUUCCAUUUUUAAUGGUGAGAUAUUUCUGUGGCAUUUGUGGAAGUGUAUACUGGGAAUGGUUUAAUCAUAACCUAGUCACAAUCAUCUUCAAAAUCAAUACUCUCAGGAUCUGUUAUUAACAGUGAGGACACAAACUCGUCAGGAAUAUACAGGUGCAAAUGGGUCUGUGACAAUUACAGAUUUGAAUUUGGAUUGUGUCCCUUGCCAGAGGCGAGCGGUCGGAAAUGAAGGAGAAGUUUAUUGAAAGGUUCAGUGAGCUGUAAAAAUGGACGACAAGCUUUGAAGAUCAUGUCAGUUGAUGAGCUCAAAUGUUGAUGGUGGACAUAAAUGUAUAAAUGAGACGAUCGAUCAGGAUGACUCUAACAGUAAAUAUCAUAACAGCUCCGAGGUUAAAGACACAGCGGUUCAAGGACAAGGAUGUCAUACUUCUGAGAAUGGUGUUGAGAUAGAAGGCAGAGCCAUUGUUUUGGCCAAACAGCGAACUCUAGGGGUCAGAGAAGUAUGACUCAGGAAAGGGGAGACAAUCUCGACGAAAUGCAUGACAGAAAUAUGAAACCUAGUAAGUAACAUUGGACAACCACGUGAGGACAAGGAAAACAUGGAUGACGCAGAUGAGCAGGUAGAUCAGGAUAUGAUUGACAGUAUGCCUGUCUCUGUGGCAAGUGCACAUGUUGUAGGCAAUGCAAGGUCGGAUACGCCCGUUGUCCAGGGUGUUUUCUCACGCAAAAUUGUUGCCAAGGCAAGUAAAAAUGUCAGACAAUUGAAACACUUGAAUGACAGUGAGGCCAAUGAUGAUGGGGAUGAUUUGUCGGAAAAAGGCAGAGUGCAUCGGACAAAUUCGCGUAAGAACGCUCUGUCGCGUGUGCCAGUUUCUUCAAGAUUUGAUGUACUACUUAGUAACAAUCUGUUUCAAAAAUAUCUCGGACAAAAUCAUGAGAACAUACUUGAGCGGAUUUAUAAACAGCGUGGAGGAGUUUUCAGUGGUGGCAUGCGUAAAGCAUAUUCGAAUGUAGAUCUUACGAAUAUAGACUUAUCACAAACUUUUGAUAACCCUCUUAGUAAUAAUGGGAAGUCAGCCUCAUUUUCUACGGCAGAUAAAAGGAAUGAAAAGCAUUAUAGUCAAGGCCAAGCUAAGGAUACAGGGCAACAAAGACGAAGACGUGUGUCAAUAAGCAGUGGACAGGAAGUUCAAGAUAUUGUGGAUGAACUUUCGGGAAUCAGAAAGGAGGUAACUAUUAAUGGCCAAAGGACCCAAGCCGUAACAGCCAUUUAUAGCAGAGGCAAAAGACAAAAAUUCAAUGUGCCAAGUUUUUCAGAAUUUAGAAAACAGAGGCAAAUGCGUAUUGCAAGUGGCCAUCAAUAUGCAAAGGAAGCGAAAUCCUUGUUAAACAAUAAUCAGAGUGCUGUUCGUUUACCAGAAGUGUCCUCUCAGAGUUUGGCAGAAGCUUCAGUUCUGAUCACUGCAGUUUCCUCCGAAAACUCUGAUUCUGCAGAUCAGUUACAGCCGAUUAAUGAGGACGAACAAAAAGUGCAAGAAAACAUUGUUGAAAGACUGGAGCAAGUGACACCAGAGACAGUUACUAUUCAGACCAGUGAGCAAGUUGAUACACAUGCUUUUGGAAAUUGUGAAUCAGUUCUUGAUGUACAGGGUUCAAUGCCAUGUCAGCUGGAGGCGAGAGAGAUAGCUUCGACAUCUGUCGCUAGAGAAAAGGGUGAAAUACCAUCAUUAGAACAGUGCAACUCAGCAGAGAGUAUUCCAGAUUUAAGUGAUUCACAGAUAUCUUUGGAUAAUUCUGAGGAAUUACAUUCCAUAACAAGAGACAAAGUAAAAAAUGAAGGGGAGGUAACUUGUAUUUCUUUCCCUGCACCUGAGGAGGAGACACCUGAUGUUUUAAUUCAGCAUAAUUCAGGGGAGAUAACCAGUGUUUCUGUCCCUGCUGAGGUGGAGAAUCCUAGUGUGUCAAGUCUAAAUAAUUCAGGGGAGAUAACCAGUGUUUCUGUCACUGCUGAGGUAGAGACUCCUAGUGUGUCAAAUCGACAUGAUUCAGGGGAGAUAACCAGUGUUUCUGUCCCUACUGAGGUGGAGACUCCUAGUGUGUCAAGUCUAAUUAAUUCAGGGGAGAUAAACAGUGUUUCUGUCCCUCCAGAGGUAGAAACUCCUAGUGUGUCAAUUCGACAUGAUUCAGGGGAGAUAACCAGUGCUUCUGUCCCUGCUGAGGUAGAGACUCCUAGUGUGUCAAUUCGACAUGAUUCAGGGGAGAUAACCAGUGUUUCCUUCCCUAGAGAGGAAGGAUGUGAUCCAAGUGAGUCAAGUCAACAUAAUUCAGGGGAGGUAACUAGUGCUAUGCCAACAGAGAAAAUCAGUGACAGUGAGAUACCUAAGGAUAUUGUCCUUGCAUUAAUGGGAAGUUCAAUGGAAACACAGAUGUCAGAUGAAGUUUUUGAUGAUGAAGAGGUUUCUGAUUUGAUUUCCAGCAAAAAACCACCAAUAAACAUCUGUCUCCAAAGAAACAGCUCUGAGGAUUGUGACAUUGAAAGACAUGACCUUGACCUUGGUAAGGGUGAAAUGUUAGUGCUAGAAGAUUUGGAUGUCCCAACCACAAAACAAAUGUGCAAUAUAAGUACUCAUCAUAAACCUUCAAGCUCCUCAAGUCCCUCAGGUAGCAUGAGGGAGGAUACCUUCACUUUCAAUUCUCAACAGGAAUCUUCUAGAGACAAAAACAAUUUCAUCACUUUAGAAGUUCCUUCUGAGUCAAGUACCGAUGAUAUUCAAUUACCUGACAAAAGAUCACUAUGUGAUAGAGACUGUGGUCUGUUUCCUGAGAAAAAAGUCCUAGAUUCGGAAACAGGUUUCUCGGAAACACUAAACAGUGCUACAUGUGUUCCAGAAGAUUUUUUCGGUGACAUUGAAACAGUGACCUUGACCAAGCCACCUGGCAGUCCGGACACCUGUCUGGAGGGUUCAAAUGGAAAUAAAAUUGUGAUAGAUAUGAUAAACACUGGUCCAUCUAACACAACAAGCACUAUCGGGGGGAAAAGUGAGGAUCAAAAUCAAAAUAAAGAAGACAAUUCAAUUUGUGAUAAACCGUUGAGUCCUGAAAAGCCUAAAAUUCUUCCCCGGAUACAAAAACGCCAGACAAAACCUGACACUCCUCCUCGACCUGUACCAAGGUCAAGGCCAGUCAAUGACCCCUCAAGGUCACAGGUUGUGCAAACUGGUAUAAGGCCACGAAAACGGAAAUUGCCUACUCGCCCACCGAGAGUUUCUCGCACAAAGAGUGACUGUAAUCUAAAAUCAACGGAAUCACCAUCAGUUUUGUUGACUUCACGAUCUCUGGAUAGUGAACAAGUGUCACAUGUGCAGGAGAUCAUAUCCGAGGUGAAAUCAUCUAGUCUGGGAAGAAAUGACACUGAGAAUUUGUAUCCGCCUUCUCCACCUCUACCCUCUAAUUCCCCUCCCAAUGAGCCCUCAACUCCACCUCUGCCCUCUCGCCCACCUCCCUCAAUCCUUUUACCGUCAUUACCUGACAGUGAACCGCCCACACUUUAUAUGCAAUCUGAUGAUAUCACAGAAGCUAUGAAAUCACCAGUAUUGAAAACUGAAACUGAAACAUCGUAUGUUCCGUUUUUGUCAAGAUCACUAAAUGAAACUGGACCUUUUAAUGUUGUUGAUGUCCCAGCUUCAGACAAUAACAGUCCUAGUGAUGAUGGCACUUUUUAUUUCCCGGAGAGUCCGUUUUUCUCGGAGAAGCUAAAUCAGUUUAACUUUCCGUCUAUAACAUCACCUGUUCAAUGUGAGGAUUCAACGUUUGUGUUUCCAGAACCUAUGUUAAACUCUCCUCUGUCUGAUCAAGAAGAAACAGCAACGCAAGAAUCUUGUAACCAUAGUGACCAGUCGUUCAUGUCGACGUCGGAAUCUGUUGCUUCUGACACGAGCAACAAACCUUCGUCAUGGCUACCGACUAGUAUUGAUAAUAUUUACAGACCUUGUGGCAACGAGCAGCCAAGAAGUGGGACAGAGUUUGAAAACAAUUAUUCUGCAGCCACAUUUGACUCUACUAAGAAUGUAUACCGAUCAUCGUCUGAUGUGUCCGUCAGUACUCCUGAAGCAUUACAGAAACGCAGGGAACGCAAGGACAGGCCGUACAAAAGUGACCCAUUCACUGGAGGCAAGCGACCAUCCCCAGGACAGUUCAUUCGACGCCAUCGAGGUCUUCCAUCCGAUGAUGGGUUUACAGAGGACUGGAUCGAUGAGAUUGAUGAAGCUGAGGCUGUUACCUUGGCCGAAACAGAAGCUGAGCGCGACCGAAAACGCCGAAUCAGAAUGAGUGUGGUCAGUGAUGCAAGUACAGACAGUGGGGUCAUAGGUCAAGAUGGAUCACAGGAAGUACCACCAAGUCCGACAGAAAGUAGUGGUUCCUAUGGUUUUGUCACCAAAGUGGGAGACAACUCUGGAUUUUCCAUUAUCAACCCUAAUAGAGAUGAAGAAAACGCAGAGUCAAUUAUCAGUGUUGGUAACAAGGACGCAAAGAAGACCGAAAGAAAAGACAUAAUUAUUGAAAUUAGAGACACGGAGAAAAGCUAUGGACGAGACUUACACAUUCUUAAGGAUCAUUUCUAUAAACCAAUGAAAACAAAUGGACUUCUAAGCUCAGAACAAGUUGAAGCCAUCUUCCUCAAUUUGGAGCAGCUUAUAAAUGCCAAUGCCCAGUUUACGGCCAAACUGGACGUGGCUCUUCAGGAUGCUAGCAAUAGUGAUGACCACGAUUUUGUGACAGUUUCCAUUGGCAACUUGUUUUUAAUGUCAACAGACCUGAUGAUGGCAUUUGAGAAUUAUUGUGUUAAUCAGAGCCAUGCUGGCAAUUUGUUAGAACAACUGGAAAAGGAGAAAGAACUCCUUAGGAUAUUCUUACAAGCCUCACAGGACGAUAAUGUUGCCUUACGACGAAUGCCUCUCAAGUCUUUCCUUAUCCUCCCAGUCCAACGAAUUAUGAGAUAUCCUUUACUACUGGAACGCCUCUACAAGUCCACCUCGUCUGAAAAUCUAGACAAAGUGGCCAUCAUGACAGCGAAAGCUAAAAUGGAAGAAAUACUCGCCCAUAUCAACUCGAAAACACAAAAGAGUAGUGGGUCCAUGAAAAUGAAGAAGAAGGUAGCAGACCUACUGUUACAAAGACAGGCUCAUUCUAUGGAGAAAGUUGAACUCAAUCGAGCAGCCAUUGACAUUCUCGGAUGGAACAAGAAGGAUGUUUAUGACAUCACAACAUGCCGACUGCAGGUUGCCUUAGCAGCUGAUCAUAAUUGGGCUACCAAACGCCCCCGACUUAAAUUUUCUACAGUGCAAGGAAUUCUUCUAACCCUUGGAAAGGGUGAGCUUCACCAAUCUGAUGAGGACGAUAUGCUGUUUCCUCGUAAAAGUCAAGUCAUCCAAGCCGCCGUGGUGUUACUCAAGGAGAAAAAUGGCAAAUACCAGACAUUAAGGGAGCCGUUCAUGCUGAACCGAUGUAUAGUGAACCAUGACCCAGACACUGAGGAUAUGUUUGAAGUAUUGGAAAACAACAAGGAGCCUUUUGUGUUUAAGGGUGAGGACAAUGAAGUGAAACUGUGGUUAAAGAAUAUGAAACAACAGACAAUAGACUUAGGGACAUGGCGAAAGAGAAGGAAUGCACUUCCAAACAUCAUGUUCAAACACCUGGUGUGAUGUACUGUUCCAACUUCAAGGUCAAAUCCCAAGGUCAUUCCCAGGAUGAGAAGCUACAGUGCUAAGCUGCAAUAUGCCUAAUGAUCUCCAUGGAAUGAACAUUCCCAAAACAUAUCCUGCCUUCAAAUUGCAUGCAUGGACAUUUACAAGGUCAUAAAUGCAUGACCAAGAGGUCAAGUGGAUAGUGGGGAAAGGUCAGACUCUCCGGAACAUGUUUUUCGGCCAUACCGAUGAAACAUUUUUAACAAGAUCUCUACUUCUAGGAGGUUUGUGAUCUGCCAAAGAAAACAUCUUCUUUUUUUCGAAAGAUGUUCAUCACAGAGCAUGGCAGACUGUUUUUUUGUAUCAAUUUUUUGCAAGAAUCCAGCCAUCUUGUUUGUUAUGUCUUUAAGACAGAUUUGUAUUCGUAGUAACACAGUCUAGACUCCAAGAUGUCCAUCCCAACAGCUGCGUUAGACGUCCCAUUAUGACACAACUUGAUUUACAUACACAGUUAUUGACAGAUGUAUACCAUUUGAUAACUUUUCAGAAAAUCAUUCAAGUACAACUCUUUUCAUAAACAAUGAACUCAUGCUUUAGAAAGCAAUUACAUAUUGUCAGAAUUUGCCAGAAUAAAUUUUGCAAAAUAUUAUGCAGAAAUAUGUUUUAUAGAAAUGAUUUUGAUACUAAAAUUUGUUAUCUGGCUGUCCAGAUUCUGAACUAGGUGCAGUUGAACCUUUAUAUCUUGAAAUCAGUUUAAUGGGGACAUGAACAAACUUUUACGUAAGUAUUCCUGGUAACUAUGAGAUAGUUAACAUAGAUUUUUCACUGUUGGAACUGAAUGUUAACUUAAACAGAGUCUUUCAGUUAUCAAAAUUUGAGAUGACAAGGUUUGACUGUAUAUUUUUCCUGUACUAGAUUUUGUCCAUUGCAGUUGUGAAUAUUGGGCAGUGCUAUUUUUAUCAUGUAUAGGGAAACAUGAUUUAUUCAACACAAGAUGAAUUUGUGAUUUUUAUUUUUUUGUUGGAUGUGUUUUAAGAGACAGCAGGAAAGGUGCAGCAGGCGAAGCCUAUGAAAGCCCUUUCCCAAUAUGUCUGUUGAUUGAAUUGUCAUUGUCAUGUAAGUCAUGAAUCUAGGGCCCAGUUGUUCAAAAGGUGAUUAGCUUAAUUACUGGAUUAGAGGAAAUGUUAUAUAUUUCAUCUUUAUUUUAAAAGAUAAGUGUGUAUCGUUCCUUUAAAAAGACAGAUGAAGAGAAUGAAGGGUGUUGCAGCAUUUUAUAAAAUUUUGUCAAGUCAGUUUCACCAAAAAUUAUUUUAUCAGAAUUUCAAAGUCGUUGUUAAACUGUGAUUAGCCUAAAUACUUUUUGAACAACUGGACCCUGGUUGCUAUCAUGAAAAAAAUACUGUAUACAGUGGAAGUGUUGGAAGUAGUCCUGUUAGCAGAAUUAUUUAACAUGUUGUUUGGUGUGGAAUACUUGAUAAGGGCUGCAGUACUUUAUGAGGUUCCCAGAGGGUCUUUUGAGGAGUACCAAAUUCGACCUAAUCAGCACACUGUGUGCUUACAAAAACACAAGAGGAUGGGCUUAUUACAACCAUGUGUAUUUUCAGGUGAAAUUUGAGAAGAAAUUUUUUUUUUUUUUUCAUUUUAAAUACUUUUAUGCAACAAAAACUAUCAAUAUCUGUUUAAGUUAAAAGACUGGAGAUUAUAUUGGCAGAUCAGUGAGGUAUUAAAGGUCAAACUUUUCACGUUUCAAGAAACACACCCAUCCUCUUUUCCCGAAAAGGUGGGGGUACGCUUAUCAGACAGGUGCACUUAUUAGAUGGAAUACGGUUCCUGUUAAGUAGGUCUGGGUAUGCAGUAUUCUUGUUUUCAAAAGUAAACAUUUUUAUGCAGUAGUUUUCGUGAGAACCAAGUAGAUUUUGGGGGAACACUUUGUUCAAUAAUCCUGUAGUAGUAAUUUUUAUACGAAAACUAUAGAAUUUUGUUGGAAAUCUUUUAGUAAAGAACAUAUGCCAAGCAAGGAAAGCUGAUAUGCAAUUUGAACAUUGAUAUGCAUUUGUGUUUUUGUAGUUCUGUGUCUAUUUUUUUUUAUCUCCCCUUUUGCCUUGAGGAUUACAUUUUUUGACACUUAAAAUAUUGCCUUCAUGAUUUUGUAUAAUUAAAUCAUAAGUGUGUACAUUAGGUUACUGUAAAAGUGGAUAUUUUCGCGCGUUGAAAUUUUCGUUUAGUCAGCCUCCAAACUGUUCGCCGUGUGGAUAUUUUAGAACAUUACAUUUUUAGCACAUUGCAUUAUAAGAGUGUGCAUUACAUUAUCAGGAUAUUACAUUGUCAGUACAUUACAUUAUCAGGAUAUUACAUUGUCAGUACAUUACAUUAUCAGGACCCAUUAUCAGUUAAUUACAUUAUCAAAACAUUACAUCAUCAGUAUAUUACAUUAUCAGGAUAUUACAUUAUCAGUUCAUUAUAUAUUCAGUAAAUUACAUUAUCAGUUCAUUAUAUUAUCAGUGCAGUACAUUAUAAGUACAUUACAUUAUCAGCACAUUACAACAUCAGGAUAUUACAUUAUUAGUAUAUUACAUUAACAGUUCAUGAUAUUAUCAGUACAUGACAUUAUCAGUGUUUGAAUUCAACUUUACAUAUCAGUGGUAUUCGAGCAGAUUGGAGAAACAAUUGUUGUAUUUUAAAGAUUAUAAGAUACAUUUUAUAUCUAUUUUCAUUUUUUAUAAGAAAUCAAAAGAAUUUGAUAAAAAAUUCAAAACUCUGGUUCUCAGUUUUCCUAUAAUUUGUAUGUAAUAUUUAUUCCCUUUUCAUUAAGUUAAUUGUGCAAUUGCAAUAAUUUAUUUAAAAUUUGUAAAUAUUAUGUAUGAUAUAUUUGCCAUGAUACUAGUGCCAAAUUGUGUGUACACUGAUUACUCCCCUUUCUGGAACAUUCCAUUAGUUACCUUAUAUAAUUAAUGAAGCAUAAAAUAAAGUCCAUUAUAUCCCAAGGGGGUAUCAGCAUAUACAACACUUAAUUAACAGUAUUGUUUUGACUGAACAUAAGUAAAUUUGUGAUGCUGAGAUUUUAAUUGAAAUCGUGUAUCUAUUUGUAAUUUUAACGGUUAAUAUUCAAUCGCAACAAAAAUUAAAACUCAGGAUAGGUUGGUGUCUCCAUUUUCAGUAUGUUUACCAGCUUCUUCAGUACAUUGUACAAUGGAACUGUUAGAGUUAUUGUUACUAGUUAAAUAUCAUGUGACAUUAACUGUAUUCAUCACAAAUAUUUAACCUUUAUUUUAGUACUUAAGGGGGUAAGAUGUAUCAAGAAAAAUUGUGUUGAAUACUUAUCCCACAUGUUCGGGCGAAACCAGAAGAUGUACAGAAAAUACAGACACCAACAUAUCGUGACCUUAUUGGGAUUGAAUACUCACCUUUAGUUUUUCCCGUUUUCUCAAUUGCCCUGUGUUGGCUCUACACACCUAUGGUUUUUUAUAACUUUGUAUCACAUAUGCCCUUAAGUAGAUAAAGGCCUUAUCAUAUAAUAUCUCUAAUCUCAGUAUUGAAUGUAUAUAUUGUUGAUAUAAGGAUUUGUUGAAAGAUAUUCUUAAACUGAUGAAAAUGUCAUCUUUGACAGCAGUAAGCGAGUUUCCUAGUUUAGAGAGUAUUGGAUCAAUGAUGACCACACUUUAAUUAGAGAGUAUUGGAUCAAUGGUGACCACACUUCUGUUUAGAGAAUAUUGGAUCAAUGAUGGCCACACUUUAAUUAGAGAGUAUUGGAACAAUGAUGACCACAUUUCUGUUUAGAGAGUAUUGGAUCAAUGAUGGCCAUACUUUAAUUAGAGAGUAUUGGAUCAAUGAUGACCACACUUCUGUUUAGAGAGUAUUGGAUCAAUGAUGACCACACUUCUGUUUAGAGAGUAUUGGAUCAAUGAUGACCACACUUUAAUUAGAGAGUAUUGGAUCAAUGAUGACCACACUUCUGUUUAGAGAGUAUUGGAUCAAUGAUGACCACACUUCUGUUUAGAGAGUAUUGGAUCAAUGAUGACUUCACUUCUGUUUAGAGUUAAUUGGAUAUCCAGUAUUUAUAGAUCGUACUCUAUGGUAAUUACACAGAAUAGUGUACAAUAUAUAAUAAAAGCCAAUUAUUUAUACUGUUCCUAGUAACAAUUAAAACACUAACAAUGAAAGUUUCCUACAAAGAACUCAAUACAUCAGUUGGAUGUUACAUUUUUGUACAUUGUACUUUGUGGUCUAACGCCAUCAGUAUGUACAACAAAGGGAGGUAACUGUUGUGAGGUGUGAGGCCUCGUUUUGUUAUAUCGAAUCAUUUCUAAUACUAUAAGUGCUUCAUACUUCCAUACUUCAAAGCCACAUGAUUCAGCAUGGAGUCUUCAAGCUUACAAUAAAACAUUGUGGUGCAAGAAGAAAUGAAUUGUUUUGAAUCUUAAAGAUAAUGUUUUUUACAUCCUGAAGGAAGUAUGACUUUCAUAACAAAUAUGAAAGUUACUUUUUUAUUUCCAGGAUAUUUAUGGACUGGGUUUGAAAAGUUGUUGUAUCCAGAUGUUUUGUUUUUGUUAAUAUAUAUUACAAGGUAAAACUAGACCUAGUAAUGAUAUGGUGAUCAUUGUUGUAAUUUAUAUUUAUAUCAUUUACAUACGGUUGAUACGUUGUUGAUUUCCAUUGAUAAAAAUUUCAUGUUUCAUAUUGUUCUUCAUGAUUUUGAGGAGAAGAAUCCAACAAUGAAAUAUUGGAAAAUAAAAGUUGAUAAGAAAAUUAAAA